AAAAUAUUUUCUCAAUUCCUGCUCUCGUUUAAUAUGGUAUCAGAGCGCUGAUCCUUGGCUAACCGAUCACGCAAUUCUGCGACGAAGAUGGCCGGCGAGACAGGGAACACCGGUGAUGGAAAUCGUGAACAUGGUGAGAGACGGAAAAUAAACGACCCGUCCUCACCAUACUACCUGUCGAGCUCGGAUUUUCCUGGACUACAAAUAUGCGCCCUUGUUCUCAAGGGUGAGAGCAAUUAUCGAGAAUGGGCUACGGCGAUGAGGAAUGCAUUCCGCGCAAAGCGGAAAUUGGGGUUUCUAGACGGAACCAUCAAACAGCCCAUGCACAGUGAAAGAGACCUCGAAGACUGGAACACCGUCAACUCCAUGGCGGUGGGUUGGAUUAUGACUUCGGCGGAUCCGGCACUCCGAUCCAACUUGGCCUAUAUGGACAGUGUCUGUGAUCUAUGGAACGACUUGGAGGCGCGUUUUGCCGUCAGGGACGCGAUGAGAACUUAUGAAUUAAAGGAAUUAAUUCGGGGUUGCCGUCAACAAGGGCAGACGAUUACUGACUAUUUUGGGAAGCUCAAGGUGCUUUGGGACGAUUACGACGGACUCAGAAACAUACCACAAUGCACUUGUAAUGGGUGUACUUGCGGGCUCAAAAAAUUAUUCCUCAAGCAUAUUGAAACCGAGAAAACACAUGAUUUUUUGAUGGGACUUAAUACCGAGGCCUAUGGAACUUUACGUUCUAAUAUUCUUAGCGCGGAUGAUCUGCCGCCCUUGACUAAGGUAUACAACAUGAUGGUGCAGGAAGAAAGACUGCGGAACAUGACCCGUGGGCGAGAAGAAAACCAUGAUGCCAUGGCGCUUGCUGCACGCACCGGCAUUACUCCUAGGAAGGAGGAACGAAUGAAGUGCUCAUAUUGUCAGAAACCUGGACAUGAUUAUGAUAACUUUUUCAGGAGAACCGGGAAUUACCCGGACUGGUGGCAUGAGAAUCCGGGUCGUGCGCGAGGAGGAAAAGGACGUGGAGGCCCCAAUCGCGAAGGGACUGGACGUGGAGGCUUAGGCAGAGGUUAUGGACGAGGAAUUGCUCAUGCCAUGCAUAUGGGCGAGGUCCAGGGAGAUGCUGCACCUGCACAAGGAACGAAGGAAACAACCAUGCAUGCACCAGGAUUCUCAAACGAACAGUGGCAGACUUUUCUCAAAAUAAUGGAAAGUUGUAAGAAUUCCUCCUCCUCAGGGGAAAAACUUUCAGGACCUACCUACGAGGAUGCCGAUUGGAGUGGGUGAACGACGAGGGGGAGUUUAUUUUUUCUGGGGACUGGACCAAGCACAGGCAUAUGCGGUGGGAAGUUCAGACUCUGGUGAUUUGUGGCACUCAAGGUUGGGUCAUCCGUCACUGAAAGUACUACGGUCACUUGGUUAUUUAAAUAGUGUUGUUGAAUUCUGUUCUGUUCAAAAUAAAGUUUGUGAUGCAUGUAUGAGAGGCAAGCAAACACGUGAUAGUUUUAUUGUUAGUAGUGGUAGAGCCGUUGAACCUUUUGAGUUAAUACACUGUGAUAUUUGGGGA